UUGCCGUUCAGGGCCACGGGAGAACCUGACUGCGCUCCCAGAAGCCUCCGGUGUACCUCGUCGGGAACGCACUUCCUGGGACGCUGAGAGGGAGACGCUCCAAGAGGCUCCUCUGUGUGGGCGAGUAAAAUGCCCUGCGUGUGAGAAGCAGGCUCAGAUUAUUGCUACUCUGUAUUCAGAUCUGCACGUGUUUCUUCUAAGCUGAAUAAAGCUGUUUUGGAACUGUCAGGUACCUCAAAGGAUGAAGAAAACGAGGCACAGGGAAGUUCUGAAUCUGGCCCAAGGUCAGUGAGCUAGUAAGUGAGGAGAUGGGGAUUAGAAUUCAAGCAGCCUUGCUAAGAGUUGACUCUCAACCAUUCCCCUGUCCUGUACUGCUUCUUUUUCUACACCUUUGCUUUUUAUGAGCCACCUUCACCCCUGCUGCAUGAGCAUUGAGGCUGAAUUUGUGGUGUUUGUAGCUAACUGAUGAUUGAUGAGUGGGCCCUUGCUAUAUGAGUGCCUGACACAUACAGAGUGCUUGAUGUAUAUGUGUUGAAAGAACGAUUAUUGACAAACAAGAAGAUUGAAGGUGUGAUUGUAAGAGACUUUAACAUUAUCUUGGUUGUUUUUUAAUUGUGAAGAAAAAUACUGAUGGCUAAAGAUUUUAGUUGCUCCAUGACCCAGUCAGUAAUAACCAAAUGUGUGUGCACCUGUGCUCUGAGGUCACACACACCUGCAUGUAUAUACAUUUGUACUGUACAGAGAGGAAACAACGGAGAUACUUUCCCUCUUUGCAUUGACAUUUCAUCAUUAAAUGUGUUGCCAGUUGGCACCACCCUUCCUGCUCUGUUCUGCUAUUGUCCCCUCACGAUUUGUCCUCUUGUGUGUCACCCCCUAGUCUGACUGACAGCACUCCACAAGCUUGCCUGCCAUGGGCUGUCGGGAUGUCCACGCAGCCACAGUCCUUUCCUUCCUGUGUGGAAUCGCCUCAGUAGCAGGCCUCUUUGCAGGGACUUUGCUUCCCAACUGGAGAAAAUUACGAUUGAUCACAUUCAACAGAAACGAGAAGAACCUGACUGUUUACACAGGCCUGUGGGUGAAAUGUGCCCGGUAUGAUGGGAGCAGUGACUGCCUGAUGUACGACACUACUUGGUACUCAUCAGUUGACCAGCUGGACCUGCGUGUCCUCCAGUUUGCCCUACCCCUCAGCAUGCUGAUCGCCAUGGGUGCCCUGCUGCUCUGCCUGAUUGGAAUGUGCAACACUGCCUUCAGGUCCUCGGUGCCCAACAUCAAACUGGCCAAGUGUCUGGUCAAUAGUGCAGGUUGCCACCUGGUGGCUGGGCUGCUAUUUUUCCUGGCAGGUACUGUGAGCCUCUCCCCGUCUAUCUGGGUCAUCUUUUAUAACAUCCAUCUGAACAAGAAGUUUGAGCCAGUCUUUUCAUUUGACUAUGCAGUGUAUGUCACUAUUGCUAGUGCUGGGGGCCUGUUUAUGACUUCCCUUAUACUGUUUAUUUGGUAUUGUACAUGCAAAUCUUUGCCUUCUCCUUUCUGGCAACCAUUGUACUCCCAUCCACCCAGUAUGCAUACUUACUCACAGCCCUAUUCAGCACGCUCUCGCCUCUCUGCGAUUGAAAUUGACAUUCCAGUAGUUUCACACACCACUUAAUGGGGAAACAGUUAAUUGUUAAAGAAAACUUCUUGUAGCCUCACAUUCCCCUUGUGCAAAGAGCUCUUUUGGACCUACAAUACAUUUUCCUUUGUUUUUGACCAAUCAAUGAAGCCAAAUUUGUAUGUCCUAGUAGAACGAAGUGCUGCUAGUUUUUAUGAGAAGUACAUUAUAUUAAAUGUGAAUUUUUUUAAUUUUGCUUCUUAUACUGGAAGGAAUUUUAGCCUUCAUAUUGAUAUCUAAUUAAUUAUUUAAGUGGAAGAGGCCUGCAUCACAAUUGAGGUAAUUUAGAGCAACAUGUUAAAGAGUGAUGGUUAGCAGAAGCUGUUGUAUACAAUCUUCAUGAAUAUUUCAAUGUGUAUUUUUCUUUUUCUAUAAUACCUUUAACUGCAAAGAAAAGGCAGUUUCAAAUAUAAGAAAUUUAUUUCAGGUAAGGGUAAUAUUUUAAUAGUAGUCAAUAAUCUAGCUUAAGGCUGUAACUCUUCUCUCGGGGCUAAUUGUAUGAAUAGGUGUAUGUUGAAGAUUACUUUCUUUUGUGACUUUCUUCUACCUCAUGCCAGUGUUUAAAAGUAAAAUGUAUUUUAAAUGAUGUUAGAAUAAGACUACCAUUCUAAAUAUCACCUACUUAUGAAUAACAUGUAAUAAUUUUUAACAUUAAUGAUUCCAUAAAUUGUAUUAUUGGGGUUAGAAUGUGCUUUAUGACAGGUUAGUGUUUCCCCUGAGGCAGAAAACUCUUUUUUGGAGAUAUCAUCCAUCAAGCAGUACUCCUGCCCAUAUACAAUCUCUUAGUGGCUAAGAGAAAUAAAUAAAAGGGCCAUAAUGGUUUGUUCUCUUUCAGACAUAAUUUAGUAGGGGACAAGAAGUCUGUUCUUCAGUGACUACACUAGAGAUUUACUCUGGUGACUGCCUUUUGAGUUAUGGGUGAAGUAAGGUGUGGCUUUACCAUAACCUUGAUUCAUUCACCCUUGAUUCAUUUCUUGCCCCCGUCACUGAUUAUUUCCUUGAGCUUAUAUCUCUGCCUAACGCUUUAGUAGGUGCUAUAGAGGAUACGUGAAAAGUAUGAGAUCUGGUCCCAUCCAGUAAGACAUUUUAAUAGAGAAGAUCAAAAUGUUACCUGACAGUUGGGGAAUAAUCUGACUUCAUUGGCAGUUGGCCUUAACUUCUUAAUCAUUGAUCCAGGAAUAUUUCAACCGGAGACACAACUUUCUGGCAGACAGACAAAUUGUACAACACCAACAAUAUCCUGGACCUUGAAAUUCUGUUUACUUCAGUCCAUUGUAUCCUUAAGGCACCUGUGCUAGCCUAGAUUUUGUAAUAACACUGAUUUAUGAGAAUGGGCAAAAGUGGUAGAGAAAUUGUUCCCUCUCCGCUUCUGAAAGUAUGAUGAUGUAUUAAGGAUGGAGGAGUUAUUAAAAAUGUCUCUUCUGAUGAGGUAACAGUUAGAUGAAACCAUGUUAAAACUGAGAUGAACACUUAGAAAUUCAGGGAUAUUGGGUCUUUAGCCUUAUGAAUUUGAGCUGCUUAUUUAAUUGGUGUAAUUUGCUACAUAUUAGUACUAUAUUCGUAAGGAUUUUUUAUUAACCAUUACAGAUUUUACAAACAGCUAGUUAUACGGUAAACAGAUUAUUAUGCCUUUUUGCAAUUCUGAAUAUGAUUCUAGUAUUUGUGUAGAUGUAUUUGUUACUUUUUCCCCUAAUUCCAACACUAGUUUAUAUAUAUAGCAAAUAAAUCUAGUUGUAUAAAUUUUUAAAUGCCGUCAGUAGAAAGCACACAAGGUUAUGAUUUUUUUAAUUAUUGGCUUCUGAUUUGUUUCACUUCUGAUCCUUUUCCCUUUUCUCAGAUGUAGCUGAGUCUUGAUCAUUUUAAGACAAUGACGGGUAGAAUUUUGAGAUUAAUAUUAAUUUUCCCUUUUUGUUAAUUUCAGUCCCCUCUCACUAUGCUUUUGUUCAGAAGGAUCAAGAAUUCUACCAUCUCUUGGGUCUUUGUGUAUAAGCAAUGUUAAAUAAAGGUAGACUCAGUCUUUAAGAUAUUAGACAGCUUUUUUAGUCCAUGGGAUUGUAAAUAUAAACAUUAACUUUCCUAUAAGAAUCUUUUGGCUUUGUAAUCUAUAGCCUCAAAUUGGUAUUUAUUAUGGAUUCACUAGACAAACAGCUGUUUCCUUAUUGUCUUUUUUCUUUAGUGUUUCUGAUUUGCUAUCAGUAGCUAUUUUUAAGGCCAUCAAAGGAAAAUAAUUAUUUACAGUUUUUGAAGUCACUUUUGAGCCCUCAUCAAGCUCUCAUUGUGAUGGGAGGGAUACCUUUUUGUUGUUAAAAGCCUAUUAUUGUUAAAGGCCUUUUAUGGAAACCAACUUGGAAAACAACCUUAAAUGUGGAUGUAUCAGAUUUGGUUUAUCCAGCCAUGGAAGAGAAAACAAACCUAAGUUUAUUUUACUUGUACAUAUACACUACAAUGAAUAGUAUAUUUGCUGUAAACUACAAUGUAAAACCUCAAUAAAAGUGCGCUGUACUUCUUAAUGUUUAUUAAAAGAUGUAUUUUUACAA